UACUUGAGGGCGCUACAUAACAUUUUAUAAAAUGUACACGAAAAGUGGAUUUUGUGUGAAAAAGCUUCCCACCUUCCCUGUUGUUUUGUGCUGAACUUUUACCAUUACAACUGACCGAAAAUUCGUUCAAAAAUAGUCACAACGGCUUGUUCAGAUACUGUAGAUGGAUUGCAACACAACUCCAGUCAUGCCAGUAGAAGCCAAGACAGCCUUUCAGUUACAAAUGGCGGCCUCAUCUAGCGGUGAUGCAAACAAUAUCCCAGUCAUACCAAUAGAAGUAAAGCCCAAUGAAGACACUGGGCGUGGUGAGACUUGGUCUGAGGCCGACACUCGACAUCUUAUCUCUGUCUGGGCAGACUCGAGCAUCCAGCGACAGCUUCGAGGGCUUUUCCGGAACAACACAGUCUAUGAUGAGAUCUGUCGGCGACUUAGAGUCUACGGGGUGCACCGAACACCAGCUCAGUGUCGGAACAAGACAAAGAAUCUCAGAAAGGGUUUUAGGGAGCUGAAGCUGAGAAGUGGGCGCUGUAGCAAGUCCAUCACAAGACAGUCUAGUAUUUUUUACAAAGAGCUGGACAAAGUGUGGGGUCAGGAUUUCUUGAACAACCCGCGUGAGUUUGAGUCCCAGGAAGCACCACCUAGUAUGUCUACCGAGUUAAAAGAAACGGAUGAAUCAGCGGAGAUGUACGACAACUGCGUUUUGGAUGCCUCUAACAUGAGCGACAACGACCCACGAGAUUACGAGCCAAGACAUUCCCACGAAGACCUCAGUGAAGAACCCAACGAAUUCAGUGACCAUGACGGCUUUGUAUACGCUACCCAGCCAGAAGGCUACACACCAACAGGUAGACACAGGAUGGAGUCUAUGGUAGAGGCCUUGCAGCAAGUCGGACACGAGAGUAUGGAGAGAAUAAAAGAGACGGUUAUGGACCUGAAUCGAUCAUUCCUGGAGCAACAGUUUGCAGCGGAGGAGCGCAGGGAGAAACAAAGCAAAGAACAUGAGAUUCGCCUUCUUGAAAUGUUCAUGACAAUUAAUGGCAAGGACCGCCAGCCCUCUCAGGAAACCGUGUACCCAGUCAAAAUAUCUCAAUCCAUGGGACAAUUCCACUCAAACCACACCCAAUCUUCUGCUGGACGCACACGACCAUCUUCCAGUACAGCAGUACAAGAUGCGGAAGGAAAUAUGGAAUGCCAGGAUAAUGUCCGACUUAGCAACAAGGCAUGUAGCAUCUCUGCCUGCCCCUCCUCAAUGAAAUGUUUAGUUCUACGGUUGCAUCCAGGAGAUGACAUCACAGAUUGCCUGAAGAAGUUGAUGGACGAUAAAAGCAUCCCGGCGGCUUGUAUCGUAUCAUGUGUCGGCAGCGUCAAAUGCGCAGAGUUGAGAAUGGCCGAUUCUAAAACGAUCAAGAAGUUGACCACUAACCAUGAGAUUGUUUCCCUAGUGGGGACCUUAGCAGAGAGUGGUAUGCACCUACAUGCUUCUCUGUCGGACAAGGAAGGAAAGGUGAUUGGUGGGCAUGUAAUGGGUAACAUGAAGGUGUUUACGACUGCCGAGAUUGUGAUUGGACAACUGCCUGGCGUUGUGUUCAAACGGGAAAUGGAUAGCAGCACUGGCUACAAAGAGCUUGAGGUCACUCCAGGUCAGAUGUCAUAAGUCAAGACGAGCUGGGUCAAAUUUAUGUUACUGUAUUAUGCCAUUAUGAACAAGUGUUGAUUUAGUUUUUACUAUAGACUGUGCAAGUCUCCCACAUAUUGAAAACAAAAUAACAACUCAAACAAAGAGUAUAUUUUUUUCUAUCAAAUCAAUUUCAAUUUCUUAUGAAAUAAUUAUGAAAUAAUUAGUUUGCUAUAAUUAACAUUGAAACAAAAUUAAGACUUGGGACGAGGAAGCUGAUAUUUUUAGAAACCCCAUGUGCCAAUCACACCCUAAUUUGUGAGACCAUAAAGCCCUGUUCAUACUUCCUGUGAAUGCGAAUGCGAUACGAAUGUUGACGUCACAUAUUCGCUACGAAAAAGUUGCAGCUGUUGAGUUGUGCUCAACUCUGUCGCGAAUAUCGCAGCGAAAACAGAGUUGAGGCGUCAAAUUCCAAAAAAAUGUGCAUCGCAUUCAUAUUCGUAGGAAGUAUGAACUGGGCUUCACAUGUAGGUGUAUUGAUAACGAGAAUGUCAGUUGGCCAAAAUCCUUCAUAAUUUCAAGUAAUUGAACACGGAGGUCAAGUCUUAGGCUGUUUCCGAGUUAGCGGCUAUGGCUUCGGCUGCGGCUAGAUUUCCACGUCAUCAAGUAUAGGACAUCCUUAGCAACGGCCGUAGCGGUAGCCGGCAAUGGACCCUUCCCAUGAAAUAUGCUAAUUACA